CAGUAUUCACCGUUGUCGCUAGUUGGGCAGAUCGAUUUAUCGCUGAUUCUGAUCUGCCAAAGUCGUGAGAUUCGCGCAAGACUUUUUUCUAUUGCCGAACAGUGCCUACUAUGAUGUAUUCGAGACUACUGUGCGGCAAAGGGACUUUUUUCACCCUUUUUAUCUUAGCGGGGGUUCUUGCUACAGAAAUAACAGCAUACAGAGACGCUUCGUGUCCUAGAAUAUGCAAAGAAAACGCUUACGGAGAUCCAGUUUGUGGAAGUGACGGAAUCAUAUAUCCAAAUAUUUGCGAACUUAAGAAAAAAACAUGCGGCAAAGGUGUAACAUUAUCUUCGGACCCAAAUUUGUGUAAGAGAUCGAGUGGAUCGAAGUGUGACCACAGGUGCGGAGGUGAAAAGGAUCUUGUAUGCGGCACAGAUGGCCGAACGUACAGCAAUCGGUGUAUGUUACAAGUUGAAAUUUGCAGAUUAGGUAUUGGUCUAUCACAUCUUGGUGCAUGUAAUAACAUCAGUGCGCAUAGAGAAAAUUGUCCAGUAGAUUGUAAGCAAGCACCUAUGGAUGGACCCGUAUGCGGCAGUGAUGGAAACGUCUACAAGAACACGUGUCAGAUGAAAAUACUUACUUGCGGUCAAGGGGUAGUGAGAACGAAUAAAAAAUAUUGUCAAACAACACGGCAUUGUCGAGAAUCCUGUUGGAGGAACGCCAAACCUGCUUGUGGCUCAGAUGGGAAACUAUAUGCGAACGUUUGUAGAAUGAAAGCGAAAAAUUGUGGAAAGCAUGUAUUUGAAGUUCCCAUGGCGUAUUGCGUGAGUCAAGAACGUACUUCACAAGGAGGAUCGUGUCCAACUAGCUGCAAAAGUGAAAUAGAAAAACCCACUUGUGGAUCCGAUGGUUUUGUUUAUAGAAGUGAAUGCGAAUUGAAAUUACUAAAUUGCGGCAAUAACAGACGUGUCGUAAAAGUCGAUUACGAAAAAUGUCGUAACAAAGUGGCCAAAUGUAUGAAGAUAAAAUGCUCCAACGAAUACGAUCCAGUAUGCGGAACAGACGCGCGAGUUUAUACGAAUCAAUGUCAACUAAAUUUAGCGACAUGUUUGAAAGGAGUUCAAUUCGCGCACAUAGGAAACUGUACAAAGUUAAAAGAAGAAGAACAGUGUCCUCAAAAUUGUAGUCAAGAAAUUGAGGAACCUGUCUGCGGAUCGGACGGAAAUGUCUACAAGUCACUGUGCCAUCUUAAAAAAGAAACUUGUGGGCAACUGGUGAUUCAAGUUCCAUCGCAGCAUUGCCGUACUACCGCUGCUUGUAAUGAACAAUGUGGAGAUGAUAAAAACUUCGUAUGCGGUUCAGACAACAGAGUUUAUAAGCACGAAUGUGAAAUGAGGCGAAACAAUUGCGGGAAACACAUCUAUGUAGUGCCAAUGAAACGUUGCAUCGCCGGUUUCCAAUUCAAAGGCUGUCAAAAAAUUUGCCCGACGUAUUACGAUCCAGUUUGCGGUACCGAUAACAAGACUUAUAGUAACACGUGUUUCUUGGAAAUAGAAAACUGUCGAUCAAGGUCGCUGGUUACUUUGAAAAAUAUGGGAACUUGCGCUGAACCUUUGAACGAAAUACCCAAAAAUUAUCUCUACUAAUAUCCCAUAAAAUUCCAAGUGGAUAUAUUUAUAUUAAGAAAAUUGUUUAUAACUGCAUGUACCUAGUUACAUAAUUUGUAUACUGUGCUGUAUACCAGGGGUUUUCGUUGCUAAUAAAUAGUACUCGUAAAAAUACUAAUUUCCUUUUAUUCAUAAGGAAAAUAUCUAUUUAUUUGAAGUGUUUUUCAGAAUAAAUAUGCUUCUAAAAAUUCUUAUUUAGUUUCUUUUAUAAUUUUUUUAAGAAAAUGAAAAUUUGACGUUAUUCUUUAUCAGAUUAAUUUAUUAAUAAAUAAAUGAAAGGUCAUUAAUACGAUAAAAAAUAUAAAACUGCUUUAACGAACUACGAAAUAUCAAAAAAACAUAAAUUAAUUACAAGGAUUCAAAACGGAAAAGAGAAUUUUUAGAAAUGGUUCAUUUUCGUAAGAAAAAAAAAUGAAUGAUUAAAAAGACUUAAAUAAGAGUGCUACGUAUUUGAGAUGCGAAAACUAAGGAAAAAUCUAUCUUUUUUUAUUUUUAUUUUGAUAUAUAUGAUGUAGGUGAUCUAUAACACAUAUUCUUGACUCGGCUCCUUCGUCGCCUCGUCAUAAACAUCUAUCUCGUAUCGUACUAAAACACUUAUAACUAACUUGACAUUUUGACAAACCUUCGGCGUACAACUGACGUUUUAAUCUUAAAUUGUUAGGUUAAAUGACGUCAUUUUUAGACGUCAGUUAUAUCUUGCAAUACAACAACGAAAUAUGAACCAUCUGUGAACGAGGUCAACCAGCAACGAUUACCACUACCAUUACCAUCACACUUGGGCUAUUAAUUAACAAUUUUUUUCAUUACAAUGUAAAAAUGAUGUCUUAUAAACGUCUUUUCGAAUUGACAUGUAAAAGUCAUAUAAAUGACUUCAAAUCGACGACUGCUUGCUAACUGGAAAUUGUCAUUGUCAAUAUAGUAUUUUGAUAAAGACUAAAAGAAGUCGAAACGUCAAAUUUUUAUUUGCCUUUAAAAAAUUAUAGAAAAAAAAACUAAUUUUUAAUCAAAAGAGACCUAAAAUCAAGAACAUUUAGAAGCAUGAACAUUAGUCUAAGCAAUUAAAGAAAUUUAUAUAUACAUAUUUAUAUGGAAUUAUUAGAUAACAAUUAAUAAUUUAAGUAAGAAAAAAAUGAAACAAUUAAAAAUUUACCCACAACCCUAACUUGUACGUCAAUAACAAAAAAAGCAAUGAAAGCGCUGGCUUUGCAUAGUAUUAGAUUAUUUGUAUAAAUUUGGUUCGUUCAAAACUUGUUUCAAGUUCAAAAUUCUAAAUUGUAAAUUGGACUUUACUUUUAAUUAUAUUCAUACAAGGAAGCUUGCUCGCACGAACAUGUCGAUCCGAGCAUAGUUAACGCUUGAUGCGUCGAAUAUAAGAGCCUGAACUUGCGGUGUUUCUUUCCGAGUUUCUACUUUCGUUGCGUUACGUACAUACAUUUCUGGACCUCUUCUAACUCGCUUUUCCGCUCCACAAAACUUUACGUUUUAAAACGAUCAAUUGUAUUUCUAGAAAUCCAGUUUCAAUUCCAAAUGACUCGAUGUCGAUUUCUUACUAUGAAGUCUAUAAUUUAUCAUUUAUUUUUGCUAAAAUCUUAUUACGGAAUAGGAUUAUGGGGAUGUGCCAACAAAUCUAGUAUUGCUCUCAUACAAGGAGAACAAUCUAAAAUCCUUCGACUACUAGUCAAUGCACGAUGGUACUUCACAAACAAAUUGAUCCAUCAACACCUCCGUAUUCGAAUAAUACAAGAGACAGUACAAGAAAGAAGCCCUAACCUAAAGCUGGACAAUCAUCCUGAAACGAAGCUGGCCAAUGGAAUUCAAAUAAAGUGCAAGAGAUCUUCUCACUGGUGAAGUCUCAUCGGAAUAUUCCCAAAUGCAACCUGCAGGUCCAUAACCAACAGAAUAGCUGGUGAAUAGUACAAAAAAAAUGACACAUCGGUAGUGAUAAAGCAGAUGACAGUUGAAUAUCUUCCGGUAACAAAUAUGAUAUUGUUUUAGCGGAUAAUGGCAAAUAUUUGAUGUUUUCCAGGAUUUGUGGUUUGUUUUUUAAAUAACGAAACAGUUCUUCAGAUCCACGUUUGACGCAAUCCUUGACAUGCGUCACUGGCGAAAAAAGCAAGCCGCUGAAAGACACGAUUUUUAAAUAUUUUUUUGUCAUAUAAAAUCCAUAAUAUAUGCGUAUGAAAUUAAAAAGCUGCAGCUUCACGUCCAAAGAGAUGCAUGUGACUCGUGAUCUGCAGGUUGCCGACUCCUGAGAAUGCGUGAAAAUGAGACUUAAAUUAAGUGUAAUUAUUAUAGAGGUCGCUCCACUGUUAUAAUGUUCCAUUUCUACGUUUCUUAAAAUGUUUUUACUAAUUUUGACAUAGGUACGUACACUCCAAUUUAGAGUCUCGAAUACAUAUAGGUGACAUUUUCUUUUUAUUUAUAAUGGAAUUUUUCAUAUAUCCUUCUAUUCCUAAUGUUUUUUUAUCAGUAAAUUUGAUGCAAAAUAUACAAGGAAAGCAGUUGUCAAAAACAGUAACAAAUGGCUAAAUUUUCUAUGAGUUUUUUAAAAAUAAAACUCGUUUUAUAACUACGUUUCUUUCAAGAACAUAUUUAGUCAAUAAACGACAAUCAUUAUCGAUUUCUUCUUCUUAAACUAUCAAAUAUUCGUAUUCUUAAGGUUCAAAACUGAGUUUUUACAAAAAAAACGGUUUUCAAAAUAAAACAUUUACUUCGUUUAAAAACUGAAUCGAUAAAAAAUUAAAUAAUGGUAAAAUGUGUGUUUUUUAUACAAUUCUUGAAAAAUUUCAGUAUCUAAAUAUAAAGAAUUCUUGUCAAUUUUCGUUAUCAAUUAAUCUCAAAGUAACCACACUAAUAAAUAUAAUUUCUAAACAGAGGCUAUAUAAAACGAAUGGGCUCAAUACGUUCCUAUAUUUAUAUCACCAACGGAUCGAUCAGAGUUGCCAAUUAUGUAAACCGAAAAAAGGAAACAUCGUUCAGUACUAAAAACAGUUCUUAUUUCAAUAACAUCUAAAUAAUUGUAAAAAUUUAAUCACGUGUAUUUUGUAACAUAAAUAGUGGAAUAUGGAUGUAAUAUUUUUAAACCUUGUUUUAUUUAAUCCAAAAAUUCGUGAAAACACCGAAAAUUGCUGUCCUAUCUCAUACGUUCACUAUUAUAUGGUAUCUGGCAUUUAAAAUAACUAAGUACCGGGAUGAUUCGAAAUGAAUGAUAUUUAAUCUUUGGUGAUUCAACCUUAGACAUAGUAAAUGACCAUCUAAACAUAAUUAUUAUUUCUAUUACAACAUUUUUUUGUACUAAAUCAUGCUUUAUAUUGUUCUUGUUUUGUGCCAAUUUUACUUCUAUGGUAGAUUUUUAUGAAUAGUUUUAUAUUUACUUAGAUUAAACAAAUUGUAUUUAUUCUAGAUGCAUUAAUUUAUACAGUAUAAAUUUUUUUAUAUCAAGCAUUUAUCAAAUGAGCUGUGUUUUUAAGCCUUAGGUAUUAUUUUGAAAAUAAUGUAAUUGACGAAUAAACACGACGUUUUUCUGA